UUCCAAAUAAAUCAAAUAGUCUCCAAUUUUUUUUCCUUUUCCUUUUUUUCUUUGCUAGGGUUUUAAACUUUCUUCCUACCCAAACACUUUUUUUUCCCUUUCUUCCCAUGGGAUGUUUAUGAUCUAAAACCCGCCAAUUGCAAUAGUUGUUAUUGCCAUCUCAUGGGAAGCUGCAUAUCAACACAAGCGAAACUAAUAAAUUCAUUAUCGAAGAGAUAUUAUGAUAGAUCCGGUACCAAAGGGAAACCCAAGCAUGCACGUUUCGAUCACAGCGAGUCGCGUAAAUCAGUGAGCAAAUGCGUGAGCAGUACCCGUAAGGUAUUGAAAAAUCCGUCGGGGAAGAAUAUCUUCGACCUUUACGAGAUCGGAAAGAAGUUGGGGAUAGGCGAAUUCGGGAUCACGCACCAAUGCUUCGAUUUAGAAACCGGGAGGCUUUCGCGUGCAAGAAGAUAGCGAAGGCGAAGCUGAGGACGGAGGUGGACUUGGAAGAUGUAAGAAGGGAGGUGGAGAUUAUGAGACAUUUGCCGAAGCAUCCGUAUAUUGUCACCUUUAGGGAAGCCUUUGAGGAUAAAGAAGCUAUUUAUCUUGUUAUGGAGCUUUGCCGUGGAGGUGAACUUUUCGAUAGAAUCCUCGCUAAAGGUCAUUAUUCGGAACGAGCUGCUGCUACCAUCAUUAAAACUAUUUUGGAGAUUGUCAAGGAAAAUGCAUGAAACAAAUUGAUGCAGGUGUGGCCGGCCAAGGGGAGUGUGUGGCUGCUAAUUAUUUGUUAUUUUUAGCAGCCACUCCCACCUAUAAAUACCCCAUUUCACCUAUUCAUUCAACACAACUCUCUCACCUUUCAUUCCACACUUUUCUCCCAUUUUCUCUCUUCCAAACCUUCUCUUGUUUUCCAUUUUUCCCUUCCAUUCCCUUGCCGAUUCCCUUCUUGGAAAAGAGCCCUUCAACCAUCGUUGGUAGCAGCAUUCAAGUGCUUGUGGAAGCCUCAGUUCAACAAGAACGAGCAGAGGAGGAGCAGAGCAAACUAGUCAAACUUUGGAGAAAUAGGGGAUUUGAUUCUAGUUUCCUAUCAUUUAACUGUUAUUGUUGUUGUUAUGAACAUAUCUAUGAAUAUUUGUUAUGUUGUUAUUCUUAAUUUAAUUAGCAUGGCUUAAAUUUAA